UUCUGUUACACCUUGUCAUUAUUACAGUGGAUUCACUCGUUUAUUUGUACGUUCCGAUAUAAGUUGAUUUCAUUUGAUUUCAUUUGUCGCUAAGAAAAUGUUCUGGAUUAAAACGAUGUCAUUAGUUAUUUUGUCGGGUAUUGUUUCAGCGAGAGAAAUACUUUGGACGAAUAACGACUAUCCCGAUGGACUGCAUGAUUCUCCCGAUGUGUAUAGUGACUAUAUUGGUGACGUUUGUACUUUGACGCUGACGAAAGAUGGCGAUGAGAUAGCUGAUUUUUCUGACGUCGUUGCAGUUAGCGGCAGCCAUAUCCAUGUGUAUUGUGUAGCCUAUUGCUCCGGAUCUGGAUCAUUGCCGGCGCUUGCAUUCGAGAAAGAUGGCCGCCCUGUAUCCCAGCUCUUAUGGAUGGUACACUUUGAAAGCUCGACAUCGGAACCAAAAGCAGUGUUGCAGGUGCUCAACAUGCAGACACGUGACGAUGGCAUGUACACGUGCAAAGGGUGGUUCCCAGGAGAGGGAUGCAUACAGAAAUCAUUCUACCUAUCACAUGUAUGCCCGUGGAACCAUUUCCUAUGUGACGUCAGCAUGUGCGUGCCAAUCCGAAAGUUGUGUGACGGAAUACGUGACUGCAAGGAUGGCUCAGAUGAACGCAAGAGCCUGUGUGAUCCUAAAACAAGGACGAGUACAACACUGUCUACUACAACUCGACAGAAGGCCAAAACCAUAACCACUACGACUCCCACUACGCAGUUUACUACUAUUAGAACGACUAAUACUACUCCAAAAACGGCAUCUUCAUUCCUGACAAGGACUAUAACAACACCCAUUACGACAUCAACAACUCAAACCACGACUGGUACGACUCCAAUUACGAAUAAAUCAACGCCAAUUACGACUUCUACAACUCAAAGAAUUCAAACCUCGACUCGUACAACACCUACUAAUAUUCCAAGAACGACUUCUUCGACUCAAACCAACGCUAGUGCGACUCCAAGAACGAUUACUCACACUCAAACUCAAAUUCAAAAUACUACGACUCCUUCAAAAACUACCACUACACAAUCCACGAUAUCAAAUACUGCAAGGACAACAACUGCGACCUCAACAACGACUUCCGUGACUCCAGCUACAACUAGUUCGACUCCAUCUAAGACGACAACGAAUCGUAUCGCAACAACAACAACUACUGCAACUCGAACAACUCCAACCAAGAUUCCAGAUUUGGAUCCUAUAACGAGGACGACUCUUACCACGUCUUCUACGACUCAACGAACUACCCCAGCCGUAACCACAACGAGGUCAUCUGCGACGACCACGAAUCGUAUCGCAGCAACAACGACUACUGUGACUCCAACAACACCAACAACGAGUCCAGGCUGUCCCGCGGACAAUUUUAAGUGUAAAAACGGCGACUGCAUACUCCAAUCACAAGUGUGCGACUCGAAUCCCGACUGCUUACCUGACAAAGAUGACGAGCUCAAUUAUGCCGGCGGAAACGGGCUCGAUAGACUUUCAAAUAAGCUAUAG